AUGCACGUAAGUUCAGGGGGAAACGACAUAACAGUGACUAUUAAUGAUUAUAUCAACAAAGAGUCAACAUCAUAUCAGCUUCCAGAUAUAAAUAACAAUAUAAAAAUAAAUGAAAUUAUUAAUAAAAUUAAAAAAUUAAAAAAUUAUAAUUAUGAUAAUUCAUCCUUAGUGUUAUAUUUUGCAAAAGUGGAAUGCAAGCCGGAUGAAAAGUUGUCAACAUAUAAUAAAUCAAACAGAAGAACAAUUAAAUUAGAAUUAUAUGUAUCAUCACUAAUAACUAUAAAUGUUAGGACAUUACAAUCAUGUGGGUCUGGAACAAGCCGAUGUAUACCUUUAUGGUCUUUUUGCUGCAGACAAACUAUCAAAAUCAGAAUUCUUGACACUUCAGAAGUUCGAGUAUUAAAGCAACGAAUUUACAGUGCCACUGACGAGGAUAUUUCGAUACCUGUCGAUAAUAUUGUUUUACUUUACAAAGGAGCCCCUCUAAAUAACUUCUUGACCCUUAAAGAGUCGGAACUUGUAAACAAUUGCUAUGUAGAUUAUUUUGUUCCCAUUUGCUAUAUUUAUAAGGAAAAAAAAGAUCAAGCCAAAGAAGAUAAUGAUGAUGAAAAAGAACUUGGAAUUUACAAAGACAAAAAAUCAAUGAAGAAAAUUGAAAGCACCAAAGUAGAAGAUAAGGACACACAAGCUGAAGAAAUUAAAAAAGCACCAACUGUUGAAGUAAAAAAAACACCAGAAGCUGAAGAAGUUAAAAAAGCCCCAGCACCUGAAGUAAGAAACAUGCCAAGUAAUGAAGUAAGAAGAGGCCCAUCAGCUGAAGUAAGAAACACACCAACUCCUGAAGCAAGAAGAACGCCAGCAGCUGAAGUAAGAAACACGCCAACUAAUGAAGUAAGAAGAGGACCAUCAGCUGAAGUAAGAAACACACCAACUUCUGAACCAAGAAGAACACCAGCAGCUGAAGGACCAAGUAGAGGCUCAAGCAAUAAUAUGAAUGUAGGCAGGGGAAAUAAAAGUAGAAGAGGAGGAGGAGGAAGAAGAUAA